CGGGCUACUUCCAUUUCGAGACUGUGUUGAUUCUCUCUCUCUCUCUCGCGCAUACCCAAAAAUCUAGCCAUUCAUUCAGGGUUUGUCUAGAACUACUAAUUAUUCCUCGCUCUUCCUCCGAAAAUCAUUCUCAUUCCUUCCAUAUUCAAGUGGGUCAUUCGUGGUGCAUCUGCAUUUAUGCUCCAUUGUCUGUGCAUGGCAUUGUGUUGGUAGGCAGAUCGAGAAUGUCUGAGCUUUGAAUGAUGGGUUAGAGUUUUGGAAAGAAAGAGAAAGAAGAAGAAAAUGGACAGUUUGAAUGGAGUGGAGAGGGAAGAGGGUGUUGGAAAACAAGAGAGUGGAAGUAGUUGUGCUCGUACUCGUUUUCAUGCUCAACAUAGACGGUCUAAGAGUGCUUGUGAUAAGAAUUUCGAUGUUUCAAGAGGUGAACUUCUGCAUUCACAAAGGGGCAAGAAUGCAACACUGGUGUCACCCCUUUCUACAAGGGCUCUUGAAGUGCGGAGUCCCCUUCUUGAACCCUUCAAUUAUAGUGGCAAAAUUACCUCAUCAAGUCACCGAGCGUCCUUGGAGAAAGAUAUUGAGCAGUUGCAGUUACGUUUGCAGCAAGAGAAAUCUAUGCGGCUUACGCUUGAGAGAGCAAUGGGCAGGGCAUCUAGUACUUUAUCUCCAGGACAUAGACAUGUCGCUGCUAAGACUAACGAACUAAUUUCUGAAAUUGAAUUACUGGAGCAAGAGGUCGCCAGCAGAGAACAGCACGUUCUCUCACUCUACAGGAGCAUAUUUGACCAGUGCUCGAGUCAACCUCCUUCUGAGCAAAGUUCAGGCGUUGCUUCUCCAGCUCAUACAAAGCAGGCACCUAGAAAGCAUCCAAGCAUAAUCACAAGUGCAUUUUGUUCCUCAAAAAAGUUCCCGCUGCGACCUUUGCAAGCACUUACCUCUACUGAUGAUCGUGUGAGAAAACCUGCAAGGAGAAGUCAUGCUCUGCCACCGACUGGCAAAAGUGAAACUCAUUUUGGAAAGGCUGCUUCCAACAUAACAAAGGUCCAAUUGGCGGGGAGAAAUUCGGUGUUGCACACGCUGAAAGAUCAUCUUUACGAGUGCCCAAGCAAGUUGUCGGAAGAGAUGGUCAGGUGCAUGGCUGCCAUAUACUGCUGGCUUCGCAGAACUACAUCUAUGGAUCCUAAGAAAAUCCGAUCACUAAUGUUAUCAGGGUCAUCUACCAAAGUUACUCUUCCUCAAUGUGGCAGCAGAGAGCAGCAACUCUGUUCUUCCAAGUCCACAGUGGAGAUAUCUCGUAUAACAACUGAUAAGGGGCAGUUGUCCCAUGCAGCUUACGCUAUAAACAACUAUAGGAUCUUAGUUGAACAGCUUGAAAAAGUGAAUGUUGGCCAGAUGGAGGACAAUGCACAAACUGCAUUUUGGAUCAACAUAUACAACUCUCUCGUCAUGCAUGCCUACUUAGCCUAUGGAAUCCCACGCAGCUCUCUGAGGAGAUUAGCUUUGUUUCACAAGGCUGCGUACAACAUUGGUGGUACUAUUAUAAGUGCAAGUGCCUUGGAGCAAUCAAUAUUUUGCUUUCGCACUCCUAGGAUAGGACGGUGGCUGGAGACUGUGGUGUCUGCUGCCUUGAGAAAAAGAUCUGGAGAGGAAAGGCAAAUGAUCAGCUCAAAAUAUGGUUGCACGGCCUCCCAACCCCUUAUCUGCUUUGCCCUCUGCAAUGGAGCUGCUUCUGAUCCUGUGCUAAAAGUCUACACGGGAUCAAACCUUAAGGCCGAGCUGGAGGUAGCGAGAAGAGAAUUUCUUCAAGCAAAUGUAUCUGUGAAAAAGUCGAAGGUGUUUCUGCCUAAGGUGCUUGAGAAAUUCGCAAGGGAAGCUUCUAUCAGCACGGAUGAUCUUCUAAGCUGGGUUAUACAAAACGUGGAUAAGAAACUGCAGGACAUGAUACAAAAAUGCAUCGAUCGCAAAACCAACAGGAAGGCAUCUCAGAUCAUAGAGUGGGUACCCUACAGCUCAAGAUUCCAAUACAUAUUCUCAAAGGAUUUGACCGAAAAACCGUGGUAACCGGAAAAGCAAUGAGUGGGUUUCCGUUCUUUUCUCACAAUUAGCCACCGGCGAUGUUUGGCCUCUUUGGUGAGGUGUUUAUGCACAUUAUUUGCGUCUGGUUCGUCAUUGUAAAUCCAUUAUUAUCUUUGCUU